GUGUUUGUUCCCGCCGCGCGCUGAGGCGGCGGGCCAAGUGUCAAGGCCGCCUCCGGUCCGCGCAACCCACUGUCCUCCCCGCGCCGGCCCUGCCCGGUGCCCGCGCCGCUGCGUCCCCGGCCGCCAGGGCGGGAGGGGCGGGGCGCCUCCCGGCCGCCAGCGCUGCGCGCCGAAGCCCGCUCCGCAGGUGAAAAAAUAAAAAAAGGAUUUAAAAACCAGCAAAGAUGCUUUUGAACUACAGGGCCCCAGCCGUCCAUUCACUUCUUUGGUGUCUUACAGUGUACAUGAGCCUAAUGUUUGGUGCUUCUCAUUCUCUCAAUGGUUUUUCAGAGGAAUCUUGCAUUUUGAAAAUGACAGUACAAAAUUUUCGGCUCAUUUUAUCAUGGGAAUUAAAAAACACUUCCGUCGUACCAACUCAUUAUACAUUACAAUACACAGUCAUGAGUAAACUGGAAGGUGCGAAGGCCAUUGGGAACUGUACAAAUAUCACGUCCUCGUUUUGCGACGUCACAGAUGUGUGGGAAGACAUGCACGAGACCUACAUCCCCUUGUUGGAGGGGUUCCGCGGGAACACAACGUUGCUGCAGUGUGUGGGCAGUAUCUUGGCCACCAACUUGUCUUUUGAGCCACCUGAGUUUGGCAUUGUGGGCUUUACAGACCACAUGAAUGUGAUAGUGACGUUUCCACCUGUCAUUCCCAAGAUUUAUGGGAAAGAUAUUUCCCAUCACUUAUCGCUCGUCAUCAAGGAGCACGGGGAGGAGAUGGUGAAGACGCACAAACCCCGAAUAAAUGGAGACAUCAGUGGAAAUUUCAGCUAUGUCAUUGACAAUUUAAUUCCAAACACAAACUACUGUGUAUCUGUUUAUUUUGAGCCUAAAGGUCUGGGAAAAGUAAUAAGAUCUCCUUUAAAGUGCACCCGCCUUCAACCUGUCCAGGAAUCAGGGCUAUCAGAGUCUGCCAAAGCAGGAACCCUAAUCAUUUUGGGUUUGCUAGUAGCUGUCUCUGUGAUCAUAAUGUUGAAACGGGUUGGUUAUAUUUGCUUAAAAACUAAACUCCCCAAAGUCUUGAAGAGAGUCUUAUGUAACAAAACCACCAGUGAGUUUUAUCAGUCUGGAAAAACAAACUUUGCAAUUAAUUUCUGUAGUUAUCGUUCCCUGAAAUUCUCCAAACCGCCACCAUUGGAAGCAGUGGAUAUGGUGGAAGUCAUCUCCAUCCACAGAAAGAAGAAAGUGUGGAAUUACAAUUACGACGACAGUGACAGUGAUACUGAAGUGACUCCUAAGGCAAAUGCGACUGGCUAUACCAUGCAUGGACUCGUAGGCCGCCUUCUAAGCCCGGACCCAGCCUCCUCCAUCCCGUCCCACGAGUCCCAGCCCAUAGACCCAGAUGCUGACGAAUCUGAUGAGGCUGAAGCUGGAGCUGAGCUGGACCCCUCAACAGCACCAGAACCCCAACCUUGGCAGUCAGGAGACUCAAGUGAGCCCUAUGAGAGGAGAGAAAGUCUGCUCCAGGAUCCCUUUCUUGCGGACAAUAGCAGCUCCCCCGAGGGCUCUGGAGACAGAAUUAUCUUCAAUGUGGACUUAAACUCUGUAUUCUUGAGAGUUGUCGACAAAGACGUGGACGAAGCCAGUCUGGUGUCAUCUCUGACAGAAGAGAUGGCGGACCCAGAAGAGGAUGCUGAUGGAGGAGAGUCCACUCUGCUGAUAGCCAGUGGGGAAAGGACGCAGGCUGCUCACCUCAGCCCCUCUUCCCAGUGCCUGCGGACAGAAGAUGCUCUGUCUGACCAAAGUGAUGCAGACGCGGACAUGCAGGAUGGUUAUUUAAUGAGAUGACUCCAAGAGCAGCUCCCGAAUGUGAACUGAGAAGUACCUCUGGGUAUUCCUGCACCCUGUAUGCCUGGAACUGCCAGUGUCUGGGAAGGAAGGAAGCCGUUCUUCCAGGCACCCUCAUCUGUGCAGGUCCUCAGUAUUUAUGGAGAUCACAGUACUGUUCAGUGUGAUGUUUACAAGGUCAGAGUGAUGUGUUUUGGACAAACCAUGUUCUGCCAUGUUUACCCGAACACACUUCACUUUGCAUGCUUCUGUGUAGUGUUUCCCAGGGAGCCAGGUCCACUGUUGUUCUCAGGGUGGUAGAGACCCCUGGAUUCUAUAUUUCUGGGAGAUAAUUAAAUUGGACCAGGUGCCCCUGGCUCACACCUGUAACCCUAGUUACUCAGGAAACCAAGACCUGAGGAUCACGAUUCAAAGCUAGC